GAUCGUGAAGAACAUUUGGAGACCGGAGCCGGAGUGACAAUCUUUGCAAUAUUGAGAACAUAAUCGUUAAGGUGGGACGGACGACGACGUGUGCGAGGCGGAAGGGAUGGAAGUAUGGGCGAUGGAGAAGUGGUCUCCACCGAGGAAGACUCAGGGCUGUCGUCGUCAUCGGAAGAAGUGGAGGGGCUGGCAGACUCCGGCGUGGACUGGGACGGGGACUGGGCGGCGGGCUGCUGGGUCGCCGGAGUGACAGGGACGACUGGACUGGUGGACGCCGGCUGGGUCACCGGUACGGCAGGGGGAGACAGACGCAUGGACCGCAGCGGGGUUGCUGCUGCUGCUUCCCUAGACUGCCUGACCACUGCCGACGGGGUUACUGCCACCGCCUCCCUGGACCGCCUGCCCACUGCCGGCAGAGGUGUUGCUGCCGUACCGAGGACCACCGCGACCACCAGAGAAGGACCCCCCUCGGCUGCCACGACCUCGCCCCCCACCACGGGCGAAUUGAGCUGGAAAUCCAAUGAGCUUAAAACAUGUGUCAAUGCUAUGAUUAGUACGACCACAAUGUGAACAAGACGGUUUAUUCGGUACGGGGAGGCGUUUGUCUUGUUUCGCGGCAAAAGCAACAGAGUCCGUACGAUCAUCACGAGCACGAAUGAUAUGCCGAUGACGCUCCUCUUGAGUGACCAAGAAAUAUGCACGAUCAAGAUCGGGCACCGGUUCGGUACCAAUGAUUUGGGAACGGAUAUUACCAAACUGUUCAUCAUCCAAGCCGAGUAAAAAAUCCACUGUUUU